UCCGGCGCGUCGCGGCUAGAAGCCGCCUCCCCCGCCCCAGCCCCUCGCCCGGAGCAGCUGGAGCAGCUCUGGGCGUCGCACCCCGGGAGGCUGGGCAGGCUCGCUUCGCCGCUCAGCCCGCAACGCACCCGGUGGGCUGCAGCGGCUGGCACGCCUGGGCUCUGCACCGCCCCCUUAGAAUUGCUCCGCAGCCUUUGCUCUCACCGCCGCCGGCUGCUCACGGCCGCUUGGGACUGGCGGGCCGCGGUGCAUCCGUGCUCCGGGCGCCCAGCCGGCCCUGCCCUCCCCGUGGAGCAAGCAUUCGUGCCUCGACCCACGCCUGGCCGCGCGUCCAGCCCGCUGAUCUUCCCUUAGGGCAGCCCCAGCCCCAGCCCCGGAGAGCCCGGCCCACCCGGCCGGCGGCGAGAUGAGCUUCUUUGGCUUCGGGCAAAGCGUGGAGGUAGAGAUCGUUUUGAGCGAUGCGGAGAGUAGGAAGCGUGCCGAGCACAAGACGGAGGAUGGGAAGAAGGAAAAGUAUUUCCUCUUUUACGAUGGAGAGACGGUCUCCGGAAAGGUGAGCCUUGCACUAAAGCACCCCAACAAGCGGCUGGAGCACCAGGGCAUCAAGAUCGAGUUCAUCGGGCAGAUAGAACUCUACUACGACCGUGGGAACCACCAUGAAUUUGUGUCCCUGGUGAAGGACUUGGCCCGGCCUGGAGAAAUUACCCAGUCACAGGCCUUCGACUUUGAAUUCACCCACGUGGAGAAGCCGUAUGAGUCCUACACAGGGCAGAAUGUGAAGCUCCGGUACUUCCUUCGAGCCACCAUCAGCCGCCGCCUCAAUGACGUUGUCAAAGAGAUGGACAUUGUAGUUCACACACUCAGCACAUACCCAGAGCUGAACUCUUCCAUCAAGAUGGAGGUUGGGAUUGAGGACUGUCUGCACAUCGAGUUUGAGUACAACAAGUCCAAAUACCACUUGAAAGACGUCAUUGUAGGGAAGAUAUACUUCCUGCUGGUGAGAAUCAAAAUCAAGCACAUGGAGAUAGACAUUAUCAAGCGGGAAACGACGGGCACAGGCCCCAAUGUGUACCAUGAAAAUGACACAAUAGCCAAGUAUGAGAUCAUGGAUGGAGCACCAGUGAGAGGAGAGUCCAUCCCAAUCCGGCUCUUCCUGGCAGGCUACGAGCUCACUCCCACCAUGCGUGACAUCAACAAGAAGUUCUCUGUGCGCUAUUACCUCAACCUGGUGCUGAUAGAUGAGGAGGAACGGCGCUACUUCAAACAGCAGGAGGUGGUGUUGUGGCGGAAGGGCGACAUCGUGCGGAAGAGCAUGUCCCACCAGGCAGCCAUUGCCUCCCAGCGCUUCGAGGGCACAACCUCCCUGGGUGAAGUGCGGACCCCCAGCCAGCUGUCUGACAACAACUGCAGGCAGUAGGCCCCCAGGGCCAAGAGCUGCUGGGCCUCCACUCAACACUCCCGUCUACCAGACACCAGUGGCUGGUGGGGUGGGGGACGGGGAGGGACAGUGUGAUGCUCAGCUGACCCGUCACUUGCAACCUGAAAACAAAUCAUGAUUUUGACUUAAAUUCCUUUUUCUGAAGAACCUAAGGGGCUUGGGCUGGGAAGCAGUGUCCCUGGGAUUCUGCGGCUGAUAUGGGAAUAGCGAGAGGUAGCAUCCCAGCAGCUGUGUCUCUGGGAAAAGAGCCUUCCAUUGAGGCCUUGCACGUAAGCUGCCUCGCAUCGUAUUGGAGAGCAGAGUGCCAGCAUCUUUGGCUCUGGCUCUCUGGCUUCCCGAUACAAGAUCUGACCCACGUCCCUGAGAUUCUAAGCUGCCAAUGGGGCCCUGGGCAGUCAUGUCUUGUCCUCCCAUGAGUCCUUGAGGUAGUGGCAGAAGGAGUUGGGCCUGCCCCAUCCUAAGUGGCCAGGGGGAGACUCAAGAUCAGGAAGCUACCUCUUUGGGAAUCUCGGAUGUGGUGCUUUGACGUUUCCACAAGCCACCUCCUUUCUGGCCUUUCUCUCCCUGCUGGGACGCAGGCACCUACCUUCUCCAUCUUAUAUGGAUCCUUGUCAGUAAUAUGCUGGAAUAGAAGCCUGUGGAAGGGCCUUUGGCUGAUUGUCCCCUCACCUUUGAGAAAUUCUGACACAGAGACACCCUGGGGUCAGUGUCAUGCAUGGAGGGCAGCAGCGUUAGACACAGGAGGCCAAGCUAGUCCACUGAGGAAGUAUGAUAACUGCACAUGGUAGCUGUCUGCCUUCACUAUGUGUCUCCAUUCAUCAGCCCUGAGUGCUGGGUGGUUUUAGGGUAUUAUUCUAUAUGCCCCAGAAAGUCUAAACAGGAGCAUCUGUUUCCUUCAAGAACAGAUCCCAAGAAGGAGCCUUGAUCUCUUUGCUUCCCCGUAUAAUGAGUAGAUCCUCAUCACUCCUUGCUCUUCAUUUAAUUUCAGAGAAUUAGGGCUGGGUUUCAAACAAUUGAAAAUUUUGUUCUUACUGUCGCCCAAGCUCUUUCAUUCCCUACUUAAACCUAAGAAUUACGGGAGAGCAAUGAGGUACUCAGAAGAAGACUGCUGCACAACUUCGGAAUAAUUCUGCUUGCCAAAUUAUGUCUUCAUCACCAGUUGACUGACCACAUUUAGGACCAUUGGUGUUUUUGUUUUAAAACACAUGGAUAAAAACUGUCAUGGAUAUUCUUUUUAUACUAGAGGCGAGGGGUUUCCUUCUGCUGUGCUGUGCUUGGGUUUGUUGAAGUGUUGACAUCCUUUUCUGCCUUAUCUGGAAGUGACCAAGAAUGACUCUCCUGUUGGCCUCCUUUCCCUUCUAGGAAGAAGACCACGCAGACCCCACUGGCCAAUAAGUACAAUAUUUGGCAGUGUGAAUACUCUGUAAUUAGGAAGGCAGAGGGUUGGUACCUGUGUCAUCUUUCAGUUAGUGUGGAAACGGGAACUUCUCUUUUCCUCAAAAAUCAGUGCAAUCAUGGGCCUUUGACUGGGCAGGGCUCAUGGGUCAGCACUGAGACUAGAGGGAAGGGCAUUUGGGAUAACACUUGGGGUUGACUGGGCACAGCAGAACCAAGGAAAGCGCAGUGGUUUCCCCUAUGCUGGACCCCGAGUUCAGGUGCGAUGGACAAUCCCCAUGGGAACAGGAUCACUCAUUCAGCUGCCCCUGCAUUUUCAAAGUUGGGGCUUAAGUGUACGGGGUAGGCAGGUUCUGUGUUCCUUGCAUUUUCAGAUCUUGAGCUCAGGCUCUUGUGUGCCUCCCAUAAUGGUAUUCUAACUAGAAAGCAUCUGUCAAUUCCUCUGCCUCCCAAUGGACAAUACAAAUUCAUUUUCCAACUUUGCUAACAUCUUAAACCUUUCUUCUGGGAGAACUAGAAGUUAGAAUUUGCUUUUGUUCUCUCAGGAGUUGUGCACAAGCCAGGUCUUCUGUUUCUCUUCCCCCGUUCUUCUCUGUCCAACUGUGAAAGUGAGGGGAGGCUCUUGUCCCCCUCCUUAAAGGUCUGCAUACCUGGGCGUGUAUAGGUACUAAACCGAGCAGUGCAACUUGUAAUUAAGCAGCUGCGGUGUUUACAUGUUUCUUAAAGUGUCGUCUUUUCAAUGGCUGUAUUUUAAAAAAAAGAACAUUUGUUUCAAUUGUCUCUCUGAUUAAAGAAAGCCUCUGUGGCUUGGAGGCAUUAUGCCUAUGAUCCGCCA